AUGCGGCUCGACAUCAAGAGGCAGCUCUUUGCCCGCUCGGAGCGGGUAAAGGGCAUUGAUUUCCACCCUACAGAGCCAUGGAUCCUCACAACCUUGUAUAGCGGUCACGUCUACAUCUGGUCUUAUGAGUCGCAGUCCAUCAUCAAAACGUUCGAACUCACGGAUGUCCCUGUCCGCGCCGGUCGAUUCAUUGCCCGCAAGAACUGGAUUGUGUGCGGUUCCGACGACUACCAGCUCCGAGUCUACAACUACAACACGUCCGAAAAGAUCACCUCCUUCGAAGCCCACCCUGACUACAUCCGCUCCAUUGCCGUCCACCCCACCCAGCCCUUCGUACUCACUGCCUCCGAUGAUAUGACAAUCAAGCUCUGGGACUGGGAGAAGGGCUGGAAGUGCGUUCAGGUGUUCGAGGGCCACAGCCACUAUGUGAUGGGAAUGUCAAUCAACCCCAAGGAUACCAACACAUUUGCAUCGGCCUGUUUGGACCGUACCGUGAAGAUCUGGAACCUUGGCUCUCCGCAUGCCAACUUCACCCUGGAGGCUCACGAAACCAAGGGUGUUAACCAUGUCGACUACUACCCACAGGCAGAUAAGCCAUACCUGCUCACCACUUCCGAUGACAAGACUGUCAAGGUCUGGGACUACACAACUAAAGCGCUCAUCGCCACCCUCGAGGGCCACACAAGCAAUGUCUCAUUCGCUUGCUACCACCCCGAAUUGCCCGUCAUCAUCUCUGGUUCUGAGGAUGGAACGAUCAAGAUCUGGCAUGCGAACACCUACCGUCUGGAACAGUCACUAAGCUACGGUCUGGAACGAGCAUGGUGUAUUGCCUACCAGCGGGGCCGCCAGGGCGUCGCAAUGGGCUUUGAUGACGGUGCUGUUGUCGUGAAGAUGGGUCGGGAAGAGCCCGCCGUCUCGAUGGACGGAUCCGGCAAGCUCAUCUGGGCCAGACACAGCGAGGUUGUGUCGACAGUUAUCAAGGGCGGUGACUCCAGUGUGAAGGAUGGUACGCCUCUUUCGCUGCCGACCAAGGAUCUGGGUAACUGUGAGGUAUACCCGCAGACUCUGUCACACUCGCCGAAUGGACGCUUCGUCUCCGUCUGUGGUGAUGGAGAGUACAUUAUCUAUACCGCCUUGGCCUGGAGAAACAAAGCCUUCGGCCAAGCCCUUGACUUUGCUUGGGGAUCGAAAGACAACAGCAACGAUUACGCCAUUCGCGAAUCAACGACUAGCGUCAAGAUCUUCAAGAACUUCAAGGAGCAGAGCAGUGGUCUUGACGUUGGUUUCCAGGCAGAGGGACUCAGUGACGGUGUCCUUCUCGGUGUGAAGGGCCAGGGUGGCAUUGGUCUAUUCGACUGGGAGACCGGUAACCUGGUGCGGAGAAUUGAAGCUGACCCCAAGACUGUUUACUGGUCCGAGUCUGGAGAGCUCGUCACUCUUGCCUGUGAAGACAAUUUCCACGUCCUCCGCUUCUCGCGCGAGAACUACGUCAACGGCUUGAACAACGGAGAAGCCGACGAAGAUGGCGUUGAGUCGGCUUUCGAGCUCGUCACCACCGUCGAAGAGUCUGUUCGGACCGGAGAGUGGGUUGGAGACUGCUUCAUCUAUACCAACUCGACGAACCGCCUGAACUACCUCGUGGGUGACCAGACUUACACGAUCUCUCACUUCGACCAGCCCAUGUAUGUCCUCGGUUACUUGCCCCGGGAUGGCCGAAUCUACAUCUCCGACAAGGACGUCAACGUCAUGUCCUUUGGUUUGUCGCUCAGCAUGGUUGAGUAUCAGACACUGGUGCUACGUGGCGACAUGGAAAUGGCCGCCGAGCUGCUCAAGGACGUGCCCGUGGACCAACAGAACAAGAUUGCCCGCUUCCUCGAAGGCCAAGGUUACAAAGAGAUGGCUCUGGAGGUUGCAACCGACCCAGAGCAUCGCUUUGACCUAUCUCUCGCGCUCAACGACCUCGAGACCGCCCUCCAGAUCGCACGCGAGGCGAAUGUCGAGCACAAGUGGAAAAUCGUUGGCGAUGCCGCCCUGGCCGGGUGGAACCUAGCCUUGGCACAGGAGUGUUUCACCAACGCCAAAGACAUCGGUUCUCUUCUGCUGCUGCACACGGCCAGCAACAACCGCGAGGGUCUCCGCGCGCUGGCCGCCCAAGCCUCAGAGUCCGGUCUGCACAACGUCGCCUUCUCCACGCUCUGGUCGCUAGGCGAUGUCGAUGGCUGCCUCGACCUCCUCGUCCAGACAAACCGUCUCGCCGAGGCCGUUCUCCUCGCCCAGACCUACAAGCCCACCAGCGCCCCCGCCCUCGUCGUCCAGUGGCGCUCUUCUCUUGAGCAGGGCGGCAAGUCCAAGGUCUCCCGGCUCAUCGGCGUCCCACCCGGUGCCCCGGACGUCAUCUCCACCGACGACGACCUGUUCCCGGAGUGGGAUGAGUACAUCCGUCUGGAGAAGGAGGGCAUCGUUGUCCCGGAACCACCUUCUUCCGAGUCUUUGAUCGAUGUCAACGGUGACGGUGAUGGUGCCGAGCCCGCGAGCGCUGCCAACGGUGGCCCCGAGAUUGAUCUUGAUGCUGCGGCUGCAGUGGAGGCGGAGUAA